UGGCUGGGCGCAGUCUGACAGUGACUACUGACUACGAGCUGAGAUACACGCAGCGCCAAGGAGCAUCCCGGCAACCGAAGCGUCUACCAUGGCACAGCAGCAAGAGGUCGCCCCAGCCACCCCCAACAAGAAGCCCAAAGCAGCGGCGGCUGCGGCCGGGGGCAGCGGCAGCGCCAAGAAGAAGAAGAAGUCCGGUAAGAAGAACCAGCCGGGCAGGUACAGCCAGCUGGUGGUGGACACCAUCCGUAAGCUCGGGGAGCGCAACGGCUCGUCCUUGGCCAAGAUCUACAGCGAGGCGAAGAAGGUGUCCUGGUUCGACCAGCAGAACGGCCGCACCUACCUGAAGUACUCCGUCAAGGCGCUGGUGCAGAACGACACCCUGCUGCAGGUCAAGGGGGUCGGCGCCAACGGCUCCUUCCGACUCAACAAGAAGAAGCUGGAGGGGCUGGCCGUCCCUAAGCGGGCACCGGCGGUCAAGAAGGCGGCCAGCAGCACCCCAAAGAAGAGCCCCAAGAAAGCGAAGCCCGCGGCCAAGAAGACCAGCGUCAAAGCCGCCACCAAGAGCCCCAAGAAGAAGGCUGCUUCCAAGCGGCCCGUCAAGAAGGUGAAGAAGGCAGCCAAGCCCAAGGCACUGAAAGCCAAGAAGGCGUGAGGCGCUGUACGGACAAUGGACACUGAUGUGCUGCAGCCUCCCGGGGCUCCGGCACGUUCAGUCGAUGUGAUAUUUGUAUAUAUGACUUUAUUUUCAUACAAGUCUAUAAUGACUGAUGCAGCUUAUUUGUGGCAUUAGAGAUCGCAUCUAAUGCGCGGCGGUGUCCGCACCCCCCUCCUCCCCGAGUGUGGGACAAGGAGGUGUCCGCAGCCCCCUCCCCGAGUGUGGAGUGUGGUCAGUCAGCCGCGUCUGGUCUGCGUUCUUGUUCGGAGAUUAGAGGUGACUUUUCUGGUGACAUUAACCGAAUGUUUCAUUGUAUGCGGCGGCUGGGGAAAGGGGGAAUUGUCAAUUUCUGACAAUAUUUGUUUUGUAAUAAAAAAAUAUAAAUCUAUAAAUACAA